UCCGGGUCGCGGCGCUCCGCGCGGGCCAGCAUGGAGGAGCAGGUCGGUUCCGAGCCGGCUCCUGGCGGCGGUGGCGGCGCGGACCCUGGAGGCGGUGGCGGGGGUGGCGACGGCGGCGCUCCCCCGUGGGCCCCCGAGGACGCCUGGAUGGCCACGCACCCUAAGUACUUAGAAAUGAUGGAAUUAGACAUAGGAGAUGCCACUCAAGUUUAUAUUUCAUUCUUGGUUUACCUGGAUCUCAUGGAGAGUAAAAGUUGGCAUGAAGUAAAUUGUGUGGGAUUACCAGAACUACAACUCAUCUGUCUAGUUGGUACUGAGAUAGAAGGGGAAGGGUUACAGACUGUGGUGCCUACUCCAGUCUCGGCUUCUCUCAGCCAUAACAGGAUUAGGGAAAUCCUGAAGGCAUCUCGAAAACUGCAAGGCGAUCCAGAUCUGCCGAUGUCGUUUACCUUGGCCAUAGUGGAGUCUGACUCAACAAUAGUCUAUUAUAAGCUCACGGAUGGAUUUAUGCUGCCAGACCCACAGAAUAUUUCCCUUAGAAGAUGACAUCUUUGCUUGUCAACGCCUUGUGCUCACGAAGGAUUGGAUUUGAGACUCGUCAGCCUGCUCUAGCUUGUACCUCAAGAUAUUCUGGUUAACAUAGCUUGUCCAUCUCGUAAGUUUUUUUUAGAAAAAAUUCUCUCAGAUAAAAGAAUUUGUGUUGUCAGAAACAUAGAGUAGUUGCUGGAGAGCAUUCUGGGGACAGUCUGCAUUUGUAUACAAGUUAUGGCAGGAUGUGUGCAAAGAAGAGAAUCUGUGUGCUGCCUCUGUCAUCACAUGCACAGCUGCCGCCGUGAACUUGUUGAAGUCGCCCCUCUUUCCCUUCUUCAGCCCUUUAGUGCCUUUUAGUCAUUUCAGCCAGCUUGGAAUGGCACUUACAUGGCCUUAGACCCCUGAAGAAUUUUACUACUAUCUGCUUUCAUUCCCAGUAGACACUGAAGGAUUCUUUUCUGUGGAUUCUUUUUUCAGUCGCAAUUUCCUCUUCAGUUGACUUUAGGUCAGAACUGAAACUACACUCCUCAGGAGUGUAAGUGUACAUGGGUAGAACAGUCAGGACCUCUGACUGCUACCUACAGGAACACUGGGCCUUUUGUCCCACCAUCCUUCUAUCAUAGCUAUACUACUGCACGAGAUAGUGUGGAAGAGAGUGUCGGCCCUAAAGACAUCUUUAUUAACUAGACCUAGUCAUUCCACUUUUCUUAAUCCUCCAAUUAUGUUGUACAAAGUAUAAAAAUUAUAUGUUCAAAUGUUCUCCAACUAGCAUUACUUUUAAUAUUCCCACUUGUGAUCCACUUAAAAGAUUAGGUCAGGAAUGUACACACUUUCUUAAAGGGCCAGGCAAUAAAUGGGCCUUGCAGGUCAUACAAUCUGUCCUAAUUGCCCAACAUUGCUGUUUGUAGCAUGAAAACCAUCCAUAGACAAUAUGUCAACCAUGAGUCAGGCUAUGUUAUAGUAAAUUAAAGCUUUAUUUACAAAUGUGGGCCUUCAUUUACCAUCCCCUGGUCUAAGCAGUUAAUAAACCUGUCUAUGGGUAGUACCUUGAAUAGUCAUUAGAAAUGGGUAUAUAUUAUGACAAACAUGAGAAAAUGUUACAGUGAAAACAUUACAAACUAUGAAACUGUGAGUGAAUGUGAACAUGGCUGCAAAUGACCCCAGCAUGUAACAAGAGGAUGAUAAAGCAAGAUUAUUACCUGUGGUAUAGUAGCAAGCGUGGCAUGGUAAAUGAAUAGGUGGCUUUCCUUCCCCAGCAUUUCAGUUUUUAUUUGUAUUACUUUUCUAAUAAAAUGUUACAAAAUAAAAAG